CCCUCCCUCCAGUGCUUUGGAUCUGGCUUGGCACAGCAGAGCAGGCUGAGGUUGUGUGAAUGGAGCAUCAGAGCCCCUGACUCCUCCUCCCGUGCAAGCCCCGCUAUUUGAGCUUUGGGAACUUGAGGGCGAACAGGCAGCAUCCGAGGUACGGAGUUCUAGGCGGCUCGCGCGCCCCUCUACUCUCCCCAGCCCGCCGCGGGCCGCUCUCCCGGUGCUGUCGGAGUAAGGGGUGAACCUGGAGAACAACCUUGCCCUGGCGCUGCUGCCGGCUCCCGCAGGGCUGGACCCGGGGACUUGUGUUCCGGAGCAAGCUUCCCCCAAGGGGCUGAGCUCGGCAGCCUGGUGCCUGCAGCCGGAGCCGGGCUCUGGCUUGGCAGGCAGGGGGCAGGUCCCCUGGAAUAAGUGCGGCCCGGGGGGGGACUGGCUCUCUGGCAGGAGGAAAGUUUGCGACCAGAUGGGCUCCGACGUGCGAGAUCUCAACGCCCUGCUCCCCUCCGUGUCCUCCCUGCCGGGCAACAGCAACUGCGCCAUGCCGGUGAGCAGCGCCGCGCAGUGGGCGCCGGUCCUGGACUUCCCCCCGGGGGCGUCCUACGGCUCGCUGGCCCCGCACUCCUUCAUCAAGCAGGAACCCAGCUGGAACGCCUCGGACCCCCACGAGGAGCAGUGCCUGAGCGCCUUCACCGUGCACUUCUCCGGCCAAUUCACCGGCACCGCCGGCGCCUGCCGCUACGGCCCCUUCGGAGCCCCGCCGCCCACCCAGGCGCCCUCCAGCCAGGCUCGGAUGUUCCCCAACGGCCCCUAUCUGCCCAACUGCUUGGAGAGCCAGCAAGCCAUCCGCAACCAGGGUUACAGCACAGUGGCGUUUGAUGGGACUCCAAGUUACGGCCACACUCCCUCUCACCACGCAGCGCAGUUUACAAACCACUCUUUCAAACAUGAGGACCCCAUCAGUCAACAGACCUCGCUAGGAGAUCAACAGUACUCGGUACCUCCACCAGUGUACGGCUGUCACACCCCCACAGACAGCUGCACGGGCAGCCAGGCCCUGCUCCUGAGGACCCCAUAUAACAGUGACAAUUUAUACCAAAUGACCUCACAGAUUGAAUGCAUGACAUGGAAUCAAAUGAACUUGGGAUCUACAUUAAAGGGCCAUGCAACAGGAUAUGAGAGUGACAACCACACUGGUCCUAUGUUAUACAGCUGUGGGGCCCAAUAUAGAAUACACACCCAUGGAGUCUUUAGAGGAAUACAAGAUGUUCGGCGAGUGCCAGGAGUCGCUCCAACUAUUGUCCGAUCAGCUAGCGAGACGAAUGAAAAACGUCCCUUCAUGUGUGCGUACCCUGGCUGUAACAAACGAUACUUUAAGUUGUCCCAUUUACAGAUGCACAGCAGAAAGCACACCGGUGAGAAACCGUAUCAAUGCGACUUUAAGGACUGUGAGCGAAGGUUCUCUCGUUCAGACCAACUCAAACGACACCAAAGACGACACACAGGUGUGAAACCCUUCCAGUGUAAAACCUGUCAGAGAAAGUUCUCCAGAUCUGAUCAUCUGAAGACUCAUACCAGGACUCAUACAGGUGAAAAACCAUUCAGCUGUAGAUGGCCCAGCUGUCAAAAAAAAUUUGCCAGAUCCGAUGAAUUAGUCCGUCAUCACAACAUGCACCAGAGGAACAUGACUAAACUUCAGUUGGCCCUUUAGACAAUUCAAACAAAUGAAUAAACCAGAUGGGACAUUGUGAACUACUGCAAACUUUUCCAUCAUCCUUGACCACCUCUUUAGGAAAGCUACGGCUGUCUUCACUACCCAGUUGAGACAAGUUAACUAAACCGUAGGAUUCUGUUCAGUUUUGUCAUCCAUUUGGACUUAAAAAAAAUUCCCAUUCAAUGUUAAGUGGUUUUUUUGUUUUUUGUUUUUUGUAACAUUGUUAUGGAAUUACAAAGACUGUUACAGUUAAAAUAUUACUAUGAACUAUAGUUACUUUUGAUGUUUUUUUCUCUAAAAAGCUUUCAAUUUUUAUUUCUACUUGAACUUUUCCAGGUGCAAAUUCAUUGCACCUUAUUCAGUCAAACCAUGUGUAGGGCAUGUGUGCAUGUCUGCUAAGGUAAGCUCUAUGCUUACUGCAUAUGUGCAUAUGGUUAGGUUUCCAAAUUCUAAUACAACCACACACUCCAAAAAACCACCUGAGACAUUUCUGGUAAGCUUUGUACUUUACUGCCUAAGGGCAAUUUUUUAAAAUGUAAGGUCUGAUUUGAAUUUCAAAAA